AUGGCUCGAGGCAAGUGGAUCGACAAGAAGACGGCGCAGCAUUUUACGCUGGUGCACCGGCCGCAAAAUGAUCCUCUUAUCCACGAUGAAGAUGCACCCUCUAUGGUGUUGAACCCUACGCAAACGUCGUCGCAGAAGAAAACUGGCGCAUCGCAAAUCAAACAUCUCGAUGAUCUCGCUUCCGAGCUGGGCUCGGAUGCGCAGCACAUUCGCGACAACGAAGGUGAAGCAGCCAGUUAUGGCGUUUACUUCGACGACACAGAAUAUGACUACAUGCAACACUUGAGAGAUCUCAACUCCGGGUCGGGAGGACAGGUCGUCUUUGUUGAGGCCGACGCGACGGGAAACAAGGGCAAGAAGAAGCAGAAGCAAUCGUUGGAUGAGGCGCUAAGAGACAUGAGUCUGGAUGGCAAGUCUGGGGUCGAUUUGGAUGAUGAGCUGUUGCCCUCUAAAAACCUCACGAGGUUAACAUACCAGGCCCAACAGAGUGUUCCGGACUCCAUCGCUGGUUUCCAACCUGAUAUGGACCCCCGUUUGAGAGAGGCGCUUGAAGCACUGGAGGAUGAUGCUUACGUCGAGGAUGACGAUGACAUAUUCAAGGAGCUGACCAGCGACGGGAAUGAAUUGGAUGAUUACGAGUUCGAAGACUCACAACACAAUGGAAAUUAUGAAGAUGAUGAUGAGGGAUGGGAAUCCGACGACACAGCAAAACCAACGAAAGAAUUCAAGGACGAGGUGCCGAAUCUCGUCAAGGUCGAGGCACAGCCCGAGCAGGGACCCUCUCAGGACUGGAUGGAAGACUUCAAGCAGUUCAAGAAGGAGCAGAAGAGUGGGCGAGCCCCAGCUGCCCCCUCUGAAUUGCAAUCCCAAUGGACAACCACGACAAACGGCGGCCGUCGCAAGAAGCGGAAAGGUGCCUUGACGGACAACUCAAGCUAUUCGAUGACAUCCUCUUCGCUCAUGCGCACCGACCAAUUGACUCUAUUGGACUCAAGAUUCGACAAGAUUGAGGAACAAUACAACGAGGAUAUGGAUGACAUGGCCUCAAUGUCCGCUGUAUCGACGGCUUCUAGCGUCACAGGGCCUGUCCGUGGGGACUUUGAUGGGAUCAUGGACGAAUUCUUAGGGAACUUUACAAAACCCGGAAAGCGAACAUCUAAAAAGACCAAGGCACAAACAGGGCUAGAACAGCUCGAUGAGAUUCGGUCGGGAUUGGGACCGCCCCGGAUCCGUGGCCGUGGGUGA